UAACACUUGUCCAUCUCCCAUUAGUUUCCCACCACAAGUACAAAGCAUUUCAACACACAAACAUACCACACCAACUUUGUGGUUCAAACUCAAUUGCAAGAGAGAAUGUCGAAAGAGUCCACCACCAUUGACGUCGGCGAGUCGAGUAACGUGACCAAAAGUACAAGCCAUGUCGUAGUGGACGAGAAGAAGAAGAAGAGCUUUGUGGCAGCCGCUUCAGGAGGUGGCUACAAGAGAGGUUUAGCCAUAUUCGAUUUCCUCCUCCGUUUGGCGGCUAUAGUAACCACUAUCACGGCUUCCUCUCUCAUGUACACCGCCGAGGAGACUCUUCCCUUCUUUACUCAGUUCUUACAGUUCCAAGCCGGUUACGAUGACUUUGCCACAUUUCAGUUCUUUGUGAUAGCCGUAGCCAUAGUCGCCGGCUAUCUCGUCCUUUCACUUCCCUUCUCCAUUGUAACUAUUAUCCGUCCACUCGCCGUCGCGCCCCGGCUCAUCCUCCUCAUCUCCGACACCGUGGUCGUGACGCUUACCACAGCAGCGGCGGCUGCGGCAGCCGCAAUUGUCUACCUCGCACAUAACGGCAACGCAAACACCAAUUGGCUCCCCAUUUGUCAGCAGUUUGGAGACUUCUGCCAGGCCGUUAGUAGUGCGGUUGUAACCGCUUCUAUCGCCGUUGUCUUCUUCAUCCUUCUCAUUGUCAUCUCAGCCAUUGCCCUAAAAAGGCAGUGAUUUCAUAUAUUUUUACAUGUCAAGAUCGUAACAGACCUAGAUGUUUCUUUUUAUGUUUUGUUUGUGGCUUGUGCUUUGUGUAACAUGAGAAUGUAAAGUGUAUUGUAGUAUCAUGGUGUGAAAAUAUGUAAUUGAAGAUUAUGUUUUGAAAAGAUUUGUGAAGUUUCUGAUUCAUCUAGAGGCUCUUGAUUGGAGAUUGGUCAAGUUUCUGUUUUAUCUAGAGGCUCUUCAUUGUAAUGAUAGCCUACAAAUAGAAGUCACCGAGCCCAAAGGCAAAACCCAACAAGCGACCCAAAGCCUAAAAUCCCAAAAGCAACUGUUAAAAUGUCAAAUACCAAUUCUACCCUCAACUUCUUCUCCUUCAUCUCUCUCUUCUUCUCCAUAAACUCGUCGUGUCUCCUCUUUGAUUCCUCUUCUCUCCUUCUUCCAUUUCCUCUUUUACCCUCCAUUACACUCCUCAAAAUGACCAAACUGUCCUUUCCGUUCAAAUGCGUUCCCUCCAUCUUCUCCAUUUUGAGGCUCACUUCCUUCACGUGCAUCUCCUCCUCUCCGCACGUGACCACCGUGAUCACACACUCCACCGUCUCUUCCGGCGAGGCCACGACCGUCGCGAAUUUCGCCUCCACUUUCCCGCUUAGCCAGUUCCGCUGCACCGAAACCGGCCUGUGACUCGACAGAUUCGCCGCUCGCUUUCCGAUCGGAUCGAUCACGAUCCAGCUCAAAGUCAAAUCCUGAUCCAGAUCACGACACGUGUCUUCCGUCCACCGUCCUCGCUUGAUCGGCGUCUCCACCGUGUCCUUCGGACCAACCAGAUCGAUCCUCAGAGGCGAGCUACGGAACCACGCCGUCGUCGUCUCCGUCUUCGCGACUCUACUGAAAACCAGCUUUCCUUUGUAGUGUAGAUCAACGGCGGAGAUCAAUUCGGGGAACGGACGGUCGAGAUCAGAGACUGCACCGGCGGUGUCGAGCACAGAAUACACGUCGGAGAAGAAAGAGCGGGUAGCAUCCGAGAAGGAGGAGACGGAAGGCCACGUGGAGCAGCAGAUUUUGGACCAGAGGAUCUCAUUGGAAGCGAGCUCGUGAAGGUGCGAGGAGGCGCAGGAGACGGAGGCUAGGGUUGGGCCGUCGAGACGCGUGAGGAUGUGAGCCUCUAUGAUGUCGUGAUGGACGGUGGAGAUUAAAUUCGUUACGGUGGAGGAGGAGGAGACAGCCAUCUGCCGGCGGUUGCUCGCAGUGUUGAGUGAUUAUUACUAAUUGCGAGUGAUU